AUGGCGUCAAAAAGUUAUCCGUGUUUUACUCUGUUCUUACUUCAAUUUUGUGUGGUUUUUGGAUUACCAUCAUCUAUGGAGAAAUUUUGGAUUCGAACAGACAAUGAAGUGAAUACCUGUUAUCAUGUUUCUAGCUUUCAAUAUAAUUUUUUCACUGCUCAAAUAUAUUGCCAAUCAGUUGGCGGUAGUUUAGCUAUAUUAGACACUUACGAUAAGCAAACAUCAUUCGCUAAAAUGUAUUACAAUCACCUUGGCCUUGAUGCAGACAUAUGGAUCGGAUUGCACAAUCUUUAUAGUUCAGAACUUAAUUAUUAUGAAUUACGAUGGAUGAAUGGCCAAUUAAUCGACUUCACUAACAUUAUACCUCAUGAAUCGAAUAAUACGGCAGAGCUCUGUUGUACUAUGAGAUAUCAAUUCAAUCAUACAUGGUACUAUGAUAAUUGCAUGAAUUCUCGCAAUUUUGCCUGUCAAAAAGGUACGCUUUUACUUCAAUGUAUUGCAACAGAUUGUACUGUCGAUUUUCAAUAUGAAAAUCGUGCCUUCACUCUUUAUGGCACCAAUUUGGGUUAUGAUGACAGUCGAUCAGAUUGCCAAGGCAAAGGUGGUGAUUUAGCAAUCGUUAACGAAGAGGCCAUAAGUAAAGUCUUAAAUGCUACCUUGCCGUUGAAUUUGCAUUUAUGGAUUGGUCUCCGAGAUAUACACAACGUCAAUAGUCCAUUUCAAUUCAUCUGGGUUAACGAUACAGUGGCAAUAUCUUACGUUAAUUGGGGUUUGAUUGGCCCUAACACUGAUGAUUGUGUCGUUGUUACACCUUUUAGUGGCACUUACAAAUGGGUUAACUACCCAUGCACCUCGUCUGUUUAUCGUUUAUGUGAAAAAGAAGCAUCACCAAUAUCACCAAUCACUUCACAACCAACUGCAGUAGCAACAAUACCAUCCACUACAGACGGAGUAACAACAUUUGAAUCGACAACAUCAGAAUCAACUACGGAAGGAUCGACGAUAUUGGAAUCCACAACAUCAGAAUCAACUACGGGAGGAUCGACGACAUUGGAAUCAACAACAUCGGAACUAGGUACAGUGCAAUCGACAACAUCAGAAUUUGGUACGGAACAAUCGACUACAUCGCUAUCUGGCACAUCAGAAUCAAUUACAACAGAAUCGGCUACAUCUGAAUCAACUACAUCAGCAUCAACAUCAGAAUUAGGUACAACGGAAUCGACUACAACUGGAUCGGAAACAUCAGGUUCAACUGCUGUGGAAUUGUCUACUUCGGAAUCAACAUCAUCCGGAUCCGAAUCAACUACUGUGACGACUGAGGAAUUAGAAUUAGGAUCUAAUUCGUCAGAUUUAGUAACACUGGUGCCAACAACAUCCGAUUAUGGCCAAGUUUUAAUUCGAUAUUAUUCCUAUGUAAAAGAAGUCAUUCAAGUAGGAGCCCUUACAGUUCAAAGUUCUUAUCGAAUGGUCGGUAUUCCAACUACUAAAAUACUACAACCAAUCAUGUCGUGGUCUGGCAUAUCGCGCCAUCAAUGCGCUUUCUACUGCACAAGAAAUUUAAUCUGUUCCCAUUUUGACUACAACUCUUCGAUUAUCUUUACCACAGAUAUUUCUCUAUGCACCCUGUAUAGUGUAAAGGCAUAA